AUGCCAAUCCAGGUGAGGAGUCCAUUAUACGCUGUGCCCUUCAGGUUAAAGACCAUCCACCUUCUUCGUGACUGCCUCGAGCCGUUUCGCGCUGUUGCAGACUACUUUGGAGAUUCUGAACAUCGAGAGCUGCGGAUAUUUUUCUGUCAUCUCAAUGCAUGUUGCCUUCUUCUAAAUCAGUAUCUCACACCUCGCCAAAAUUCCUCCCCGGAAUGGGCCGCCGAAGUCGAGCCACUGGUUGACCCGGUGCUGAAGGAGUUGGAGGGAUUCCACCGAUUAUCGGUCAUGCCCGCGUACGAAUCAACCCUUCCACCAUCAACACAAUUUCCAAAAUUGACCACAUUGGCCCACUACUGGAGUUUAUGCGGUGACAUUGGCCGAAGAAUGCAUCACUUCUGGGGAUGUCUGGAUUUGAAUUGUCACCAUCGAAGAUACAAGAUCAUCCUCUUGCUCCGCGGGUGUGUUGCGGCUUUGCAUUUACAGCACCCCAGCAUUCCACCUGCCCGAGAGCAUCGUACAGUGCUUGGGGUAACAGGCAGACCUUCUUCAGUUUCACUGAGCGCCAACACGGUAUUCCAGGCGCUCUUCUCUUCGGCCAGAGCGUGUUCCCAAGUCCACACUCACCAGUCCGCUGCCAGACUCCGAAUAGCGACCCACCGAAAACACGAUCACGAUCGAUGCAGGUUUGAGGGAAUGGUCACACUGAGUGCGAUCUAUAAUAGUUGGCAAGAAACCCACAUCAAUGUCGAUGUCUUUGGUAGUCCUGUGAAGGAGAGAUCAAAUAUCAGUGAUGCGUUAACACAUAUUAAUCAUAGUGCGAAUGGGCCCAAGCGCCGUCGGCUGGAGGUUUUGCGACUAUGCGAAGAAAGUCGACUGGAGGUGGUGAGACUCUGUGAACAAAUUGAUAAGCUGAGAAAGAUGCCACCUAUGUGCUUGAAUCUGUGGGUCGAGGAUGGCAAACUAUGGAAAGACCAUUCACUUCGAAUCGAGCAUCCCAUACACACAUCAAAACUCCAGGUCUCGCUAAGAGAUAUCAUAAAAAGUCGACCGACGCGUCUUACAGAGAAGAUGAAGCGUGUUCUUUCCGUUCUUCUUGCGUAUUCCGUCUUACAUCUUCAUGGCACGCCAUGGUUGCGACCCUCAAACUUCCAUUCCGAUAAUAUCUUCUUUUACGGUACUUCCACGGCGAUACCGCUAAAACCGUAUAUUCAGACAAGUUUGGCUGAGACGGUAGAUAACCCCAAACAUACGAAUCAGGACGGCGAGGUUGAACCCGAUGAUUUACCUUUACAUCCCUAUCCGGAGAUCGUCAUGCUGGCCGUCAUGCUCAUAGAGUUGUACGUCGUGCAGCCACUGCAUACUUUGGCUAGUCAAUUUGGGGUACAGGAGUGUGAUGAUUUAGAGUUGGUAGAUGAGAAUACACGAUAUAUGGUUGCAAUCGCCGCCUUUGAUCGCUUCAAAGAUGAAUUUCCAGACAACUAUCGAGAGGCAGUGGACAAAUGCCUCGAUCCUAACAUCGCGUUGGGUCCAGAUAACGAAGAGCUUAGCGAACAGGCGUUGAAACAUUUAAUAUCUGAAAGCAUUGUUCAGCCUCUUGAGGAUGAACUUCAUCAAGGCUUCGGAAACACCGUCCAUAUUGACAAACUGGACGACAUUGUGCAGAAAAUGGAUAUUAAUUCAUGGGGACAGAUACAACCCACUACACCUUCCCUACCAGAGUCCGCUGCGGCUUCCUCUCUUAGUCACAAUGCCUUAACUUCCCAAGGGAUCAAGGUGUCUUCCGAAGAGUACAUAUCCUCUAAACCUUCCUUGAAGCGUGCGAAAUUUAGCCACCGAGAUUAUACAGUUGGAUGGAUUUGCGCCCUUCCGACAGAACUGGCGGCCGCCCAGGCAGUCCUGGAUGAUAUCCACCCACCAUUACCUCAAAAUGCAGCCGACCAGAACAAUUAUACACUUGGUCGAAUAGGAUCGCACAACGUUGUCAUGGCCUGUCUCCCAGCUGGUGUGAUAGGUACAGUAUCUGCCGCCAGAGUUGCAGAUAACAUGAUGGCUACCUUCUCGUCGCUUAAAUUUGGCUUGCUGGUGGGUAUCGGUGGCGGUGUCCCUGGUGUGAAAGACGUCCGUUUGGGGGACGUUGUUGUGGGAGAGCCGACUGGGCCAUUUGGGGGAAUCAUCCAGUACGACUUUGGCAAGACCGUACGAAGUGGCGAGUUGCACCGCACAGGAUCUCUCAAUCGACCGCCGGAUAUGCUCUUGACCGCUGUUUCUCGUCUCAUGGCGGAUCAUCUUCGAAAACGACCGAUCCUGGACAAGUAUAUCACUGAAAUCGUGGAAAGGUAUCCUGAUAUGAGUUCAGUAUACUCGCAUCCUGGUGUGGAGCAUGACCUCCUCUUUGCGAGUCACUACGAUCAUGGUACCCUCAUAAAUGGUAGUUCCUGCGAUAGAUGCGACCGUGCGAAAUUGGUCAAGCGCCAACCACGACUUUCUGCUGCUCCCCGUAUCCACUAUGGACUCAUCGCAUCUGGUAACAGUGUAAUGAGAGACGCCAAGACUCGCGACAAAUUGCGGGACAAAUAUGACAUCCUCUGCUUCGAGAUGGAAGCAGCUGGAAUUGUCGACUCGUUCCCUUGCCUGGUGAUUCGAGGAAUCUGUGAUUAUUCCGAUUCGCACAAAAAUAAGGCAUGGCAGGGGUAUGCGGCUGCGGCUGCGGCUGCUUAUGCCAAAGAGCUUCUGAGCGUCAUAGUAGGGACUCAGAUUAACAAUUCGGGCGACUGGACACUAUGCUAUGGAAGUAAUUAGCGGGCAUCGGGCGUUUCCGUUUUCGUGGUCGCUACUACCACAACAAGUAUUCUAGAAACUAG